UUUAUGUGCUGGAUAAGGUAAGUCCCUCGCUGCUGAACAUGGAUCAAAGUACAAUGAGCCUGAGUGUUUAGACUUUUGUUUCUCUGCAGUCUUGGUAAUGUACAUGGGAAUGAGAAGAUUAACUCAGACAACAUCACUCGCAUUUUGGAUCGACUUUUGGAUGGUUAUGACAACAGACUGCGACCUGGAUCUGGAGGUAAUUCAGUAAUUCUUAAAGCCUUGUGUCUGAAGACUUAGACCGUGUUUGAGAUAAAGCUCGUGUUGCACUAUGUGCAUUGUGCAGCUGUUAAUUACUGUUGCAGGUGGUGUCACAGAGGUGAAAACAGACAUCUUUGUCACCAGCUUUGGACCUGUUUCAGAUGUUGAGAUGGAGUACACCAUGGACAUGUUCUUCCGUCAGAUGUGGGUUGAUGAGCGGCUGAAAUUUGAGGGCCCCACUGAAAUCCUGCGGCUGAACAACCGCAUGGUGGACAAGAUCUGGACGCCUGACACGUUUUUCCGCAAUUCAAGGAAGUCUAUCUCUCACAACACAACCUCACCGAACAAACUCUUCCGCAUCAUGCAGAACGGGACAGUCCUCUACACCAUGAGACUGACGAUCAGCGCAGAGUGUCCCAUGAGGCUGAUGGACUUCCCCAUGGAUGGCCACGCCUGUCCUCUCAGGUUUGGAAGCUAUGCCUACACAAGCAGUGAAAUCCUGUUCACUUGGAGGAAGGGGCCAAUCGCGUCUGUCGAGUGUCCCACGGAGUCCAUGAGUCUUCUGCAGUAUGAUCUGGUGGGACAGACGUUGUCCAGUGAGAUAUUCAAGUCAAACACAGGUCACUACUCUGUGCAGGUGGUCCAUUUCCACCUCCAGAGGAAGCUGGGCUACUACCUCAUACAGACUUACAUCCCUCUCAUAAUGGUGGUUGUGCUGUCGCAAGUCUCCUUCUGGAUCAACAAAGAGUCUGUUCCUGCACGCACAGUUGCUGGCAUCACCACAGUGCUGACAAUGACCACCCUGAGCAUCAGCGCCCGCCAGUCACUUCCCAAAGUCGCCUAUGCCACCGCCAUGGAUUGGUUCAUCGCGGUGUGUUUUGCCUUCGUGGCGUCGGCGCUCAUCGAGUUUGCGGCGGUGAACUACUUCGCCACCCUCCAGGCCCACCGUCUGAAGAAGCAGAAAGCUCGACAAGACAAGCUCGAGGUGUUGGCGACCAGCAGCGAGGAUGGAGACACCAUCUCGUUGGACAGCAGCCCUCAGGAAGGCCUGAAGAGGAGAAACCACUCAGUGAGUCGCAGCGAGGCAGGAGAUGCUCCGCCGCUGCCGAUUUUCCUCCAGCAAGGCUCAGCUUUUCCUCAAAUCCCGCAGCUGGCCGGCACCAGCCCCAUCGACAAGUACUCCCGCGUCCUCUUCCCCCUGGCCUUCGCCCUCUUCAACCUAAUCUACUGGUACAUCUACCUGGCCAAGGACACCAUGGAGAGUGCCAGGGACGUGGAUAUCCAAAACUGAGAGGACCGGGAAAAGGGCACGUGCAGCCGGGGAGACCUUCAGCAUCCAGCCUGCCUCACCUCACCCUCCUCUCUGCAUGUGUGUGUGUGUGUGUGUCUGUGUGGACAAGCUCUCAGCAGUCACUCUGCUCUCAUCUGACAGAGGAAAUGAAUCAGAAACUCAUUUAUUCUCCUGCCGCACAUCCAUUCAUUUCACAGGCUGUGACCACUGCCCACUUGUGUUCUGAUCAGUAGCUGAAGAGCUGCCCUUCACGGGCCUCAAUCACUUUAAAGCUGCGUACACACAACAACUUCUCUGGGCCCCCGGACCGAGACAGACGCCACACACACACACGCACACAUACAGUACGCAUGACGCUCAGACACACACGAGCACGCACACCCAAACCAAGAAACACAUCAAAAAGAAGUGGAUGAUAUAAUCUAUGAUGGCUGUAACUGGUGGUGAUGCAACAGUGAACCAAUGCUUUCAGAAGCCUGCCCUCUACAGAAGCACAGCUCCCACUACAACAAGAUCAAAGGCAAUUUAGAGGAGGCUCGCGUCCCUCCCCGCGGCUUCAGAAAUGUACUCAAACCUGAGAAAAUGAAUUGUGGGAUUGUGUUUUCCAUCCCACCUUUCUGCUCUGGCGCUCUGGCGCUCCCUUUGCAUUCGCAGAUCCACUGCAGGUCCUGUGGAAACAUCGCAGGGAAGAGUAGGAUGUAAUACCCAUGGGUCUCCAUGACAUUAAUUUUCUAUUUUUUCGUAUGGAUGGUGCAUCUCUGUUGGGCACAUGUGUUUUUAUGUAAAGUGUCUACCUGUAACUGAUGGAGCGUUGUUCUCUGUUUAGCUGCUUAACGUGUGCAGGAACAUAAGAACUGAGGGAAUAAACUUGAU